ACCUCGCACAUCUGCCAUGUUAUCUCUCCAUGGCCUGAGAGGCCUCACGCUUGCAUCUCUUGCCUGCGGGGCUUCAUCCUUCACUAUGAAUCACUUCGCGGCGGGCGCGGCUCUGCGACGGACAUCCCCAAUAGCUGUAACUUCUCGAAGACUGCUAAGCCGUGGGGGAGCGACGCGGGCGACUCCUUGCAUGGCCUCCGCCGAGCACUUUGACUAUUUAGUGAUAGGGGGUGGGUCUGGGGGGGUAUCUAGUGCCCGCCGAGCUGCGACAUAUGAUGCCAAGGUGGCUGUGAUCGAGGCAAGUGCUAUGGGUGGAACCUGCGUGAAUGUUGGCUGCGUCCCGAAGAAGGUCAUGUGGAAUAGUGCCCAUGUGAUGGACAUGGUCAACGAGGCGAAAAAUUUCGGCGUGGUCACGUCUGCUGGCAAGGUCGACUGGCCCGCCCUCAAGGAAGCCCGCGACACGUACAUCACCCGCCUCAACGGCAUAUACGAGCGUAACCUGGGGAACUCUGGGGUGGAGAUCAUCGAGGGUUAUGGCUCCUUCGUUGGGCCCAAAACGGUGCAAGUGGAAGGAGUGGAAUACACCGCCGACCACAUUCUUGUUGCUGUCGGCGGAAGACCCACGAUGCCUACUUUGGAAGGAGCGGAACACUGCAUCGACAGCAACGGCUUCUUUCAGCUAGAGGUACGACAUGUCUCCCGGUAG